AUGGCGUCAAGGGGUGGAUGCGGUUCCCAGCCAUCCUUACAGUCCUACAGCUCGUGUGGUGUGAACAGUAGCAGCAGUCAGUCUCUUCAGGAAGCAGUAUACAGUCAGCAGUCCUCCUCCUACUCGCUGUGUAGAGAAAGAGAAGAGGAAAGGAUGGAGAGAGAGAACAUACAAGAGAAAGCAGUAGCUGCAAUGGCUGCUUUUUACCAAGGGUUCGAUCCUGAAGCGUACCUGAAGUACAAUUACACACCACCACGAGCGGACUUCAGCCGAAGUGACAGCAUCGUACCAUGGAAGCUAAACUGCCUUCAUAAAGCUUUCAGUGAGGAUGCCAUUAAAGGUGACAUUCUGGUGGACGUUGGUUCUGGUCCAACUCUUUAUCAGGUGAUGAGCGGUUGUGAGCAUUUUAAUCGAGUCAUAUUAUCUGAUUUUUUGGAAGUGAAUCGGAACGAAUUAAACAAAUGGCUCAAGGAUGGACAGAGCAACUUUGAUUGGACCCCUUACCUGAAACAUGUGUGUGAGCUGGAGGGACGCAGUUCCUCAGCAUGGCGGGAGAAAGCAAAGAGGCUUCGUUCAGUGGUGACUGACAUUUUUCCUGUUAACGUUCACCACCUGUUCCCAUUUCCACCUGGAUCUUUGCCUGCUUCCGGCGCUGACUGCAUCGUGUCCUGUUUCUGCCUUGAAAGUGUCAGCCCUGACGUUUCCUCGUUCACUCAAGCACUACACAAUCUGUCCAGCCUCCUGCGUAACGGCGGUCACCUUCUGCUCAUUGGAGCUUUGGGGGAGAGCUUUUACAUGGCAGCUCCAGAUGUUCGGAUCCCUGUGGUGCCGCUGGAUGAGGCUCAAGUCUGUGCGAGUCUGAGUGCCAGUGGCUUCGAGCUCCUGCAGCUCAGUGUGUAUCGAUUAACAGCAGACAUGCUGGUUGGAGUGGAUGAUGUUAAAGGUGUGUUCUUUGCAAAAGCUAGAAAACUAUAAAAUCAGUAUCUAUAACUAAGCGUUGACUAGCGAAACAAGAUAUUUUAUAUAAAGUUCCUGUUUAAUAAAUAAACCUAAGCUUUUAUUUGAAUUGUCUGACCAAAACAAAAGCUGCAUUCAGUAAGGCAGGUUUGAUCAGAGAAGCUAGUUUCUGUACAUUGGGUUUUUUUCUGUGACCGUGAAUAAAUGUAACCU